AGGACUGAGGUCUGUCGCUUCAAUUCUCUGAGAUGGUAUGUACUUUGAUGUAGAAAUGUACGUCUUUUGAAUAAAUACGUGCAGAAAAGUAAUAGUAUGAAUGAAUGAGCCCACAUAUCUCCUUCAGUCAGUGAUUGUGAAUGUUAAAAUAACAUUUAGUUGUAUCAGUAUUUUGAUAAUGAUGUAAUAAUGUAGAUGAACAUGGAGAGAUGAAAAUGGUCCUCACACGUCCAGGAUCAGUGUUUCAGCAAUGGAUGUGAACGGGUGCCGUCAGAAAAACAUCUGGAGAAGACAGAAACUGAAAGAAAUCUAUCACGAGACGUUCAAUAAACAAAAAAAGAUUAUCUGUCCAAACAUUUACACAACGCUAAGAGUCUGCUAAAUGCUAACAUGCAGGCCUAGCGUUCCCUGUGAGCUCCGAGAAGCGCCUGGUUCUUGUCUGGUUCUCUUCUGUUCUGUGUGUAUUCGCUGUUUUUUCUCUGUUUUUGGUUUAGUUUACUCGAACAGACGAGCGCGCGCUUGUUUUGGUCCGGUGACGUCAUCAAGGCUGCGCCGGCCGCUCGGUCGCGCUUCAAUACACGCUUCAUGUUUGCGAAAAGAUAAGAAAACGGUGACUGAUGGGUCCCUGCUUUACAGACGCAUCCCAGCGACACUCUCGACCAUUAGAUCUAAGAGUCCUGUCCGAAAUAAAUUGCAAUGCUUUACUGUGAAGUGUAUUGUUCGGUAAAUACUGUACUAUAUGUGAUGAAAUGCCUCCGCGCGUGACCGACUGAUAGAAUUUGCCUUGCUUUAUUUCUUCGUGACGGAGAGACUGUUUGCACACUACUGUGAAGAUGGAGUUUGUUAAAGAGGAGAGUGAAGACACGAGUGAUGAAGAAACCGAGGAACAGAGAGACCCAACAGAAGAAGAAAGUCAAGAACAGGACGAGGUGAAGAAGAAGAAGAAGAAGAAGCACCAGAAGAAGGAAUCUCAUGAUCCGGUGAGCGGGGAGAAGUCCUCGAGUUCCUCAGACACCGAAAAGAGCGCUGCGCAAAAAAGAGCGGACGCUAAAGGCUCGUUCUCCUGCUCUCAGUGUGGAAAGAGCUUCACGCGUAAAGGACACCUGGAGGUUCAUAUGGUGAUCCACACAGGUGAGAGACCGUACACCUGUCCUCAGUGCUCCAAGAGCUUCACCUGCAAAGGAAGCCUUAAGGAUCACUUCAGGAUUCACACCGGAGAGCGACCUUUCACCUGUCCUCAGUGCUCAAAGAGCUUCACAAACUCCGGAGGGCUGAAGAGGCACGUACGGAUUCACACCGGAGAGAGGCCCUUCACCUGCCGCCAGUGCGCUAAGAGCUUCCCGAGUUCAGGAGAGCUGAAGAGACACCUCCGCAUUCACUCGCGGGACAGGCCUUACACCUGCCCUCAGUGCGGGAAGAGCUACAAACAGAAGGAGGUCCUUAGAGAACACGCCAAGAUCCACUCCGGAGAGAAGCCUUUCACCUGCAUGCUGUGCGGCAAGAGCUUCACGCAGCAGAGCACCCUCAAAGUCCACAUGAAGGUCCAUUCAGGAGAGAAGCUGCACCAGUGUCCUGAAUGCGGCCGGAGGUUUUCAGAGGCCUGCAAUCUCAAAACUCACCUGCUCUCUCACACCGGAGAGAGACCCUUUCACUGCCAGCGCUGCGAUAAGAAGUUCUUCCUGGCCGUGCAUUUGAAGACGCACAUGAGGAUCCACGAAGACGAGCGGCGCUACGUGUGUUCCUUCUGCGGGAAGAGCUUUCUGUGGCUGCACGGCUUCAAGGACCAUCAGAAGACGCACAUGGGAGAAAGCCCACGUGUGUCUGGACUGCGGAAAACCUUCGCCAGAGCCGCCGAACUGAAGGUGCACGAACGCAUCCACACCGGAGAAAAACCCUACAAGUGUUCUCACUGCGAGAAGAGCUUCACUCAGUCGUCGGGACUGAAAGUACACGAGCGAGUUCACACCGGAGAGAAGCCGUACCUCUGUCCGUCGUGCGGGAAGACGUUCAGCCGCUACGGGAGUUUGGGAAAACAUUUAAAAAAGGCUUGUCCAAAGCUGAAAAAGUGAGCAAGGGUGAACACUUUUGGAUUUUUACCCCAGCAAAAGACCAUUUGUGUCUCCGGAGCACAGAAGCAGUCAUCAGCAGCAACACACAGCAAUGCAUUAUGGGUUUUUAUUCCAAAAAUCAGUAAGAUAUUAAGAUCAUGUUUCAUGACAAUAUUUUAUAAACGUUCUACUGUAAAUGUAUUAACGCUUACUUACUACAAGUAAUAUGCAUUGCUAAGAACUUCAUUUGGACAACUUUAAAGGCCAUUUUCUCAAUAUUUAGAUAAAUAGUUGCAUCUCAGACAAAUACUGUGUGAUCCUAACAAACCAUAAAUCAGUGGAAAGAUUAUUUAUUCAGCUUGAUGAAGGCAAACCGAUGACCCUUAUGACUGUUGUUUUUUGCUCCAGGGCCAUAAUUAGGAUAUGUUUAGUAAAACUCGUAUUACUACGUCUGGCGUGUUCAAGUCACCUUUGGUCAGAAUGCCGAUUUUUCUCCAUACGUUUUAGUCAAAUCAGAAUCUCACCAUUAGUUGAUUAAUAUCUUAUAUUAGGGGCAGAAGGCAAAAUACAAAGAGUCCAGUCAGAUAUUCCACAUAAAUACUGAUGUUAAAACACAGGGAUGCCUCACAGAUACAAACCGGAUAAAUAAUGUUUUAUGUUAUUACUAGAUAGAUAACAUUGACUGACUGCAUAUCAUAUUAUUAAGAACCGAUGAAACUGAUUCACACGAAAUAAAACCAAACAUCCACACGUCAGAUGAAAUCAACAGGAAGUAUUUGCAUAUUUUUGUUUCUUCUGAGCAGGAAUCAUUUCCAAAACUUUGCAGCAUGUACCAUCAAUACAGCCGCUGCAUAUCUAUAGUGUUUUUAUCACGGACCCGCCUCCAUCUCAGAAACUCUGGACUUAUAGAGAGACUUUAGGGUUUCCCAUUCGUAAUAACCUCUUUUUGGUAAAAAGGACACGUUUGGUCCGACGUUUCUUUGCAUGUGGUAGCACUCAUCAAACUAUACAGACAUCAGUGUGUUUGCCUUUCUAAUGUCUUUAAAAUGUAGUUUUGUUAAUGAUCGCUCUUUAGUACUGAAAAUAAUUCCACAGUAUACUUUUUAUUGCAAAAACCAAUCAAGCUUGAAUGUGCGCUAGUCUAUGCUUGAGUAGUUUACAUUAACCGUGUAAAUAAAUCACGUAACGGACCGAUAGACGCAUCCGCUGUAGUGUUAGUGUUUCUGAUCGUGUGUAACAUUAUCAGCAAAAUAGCAUGCAGUGACUUCUUCAGAGACCCAGUUUUUGUAAUAUUGUAUCACAGCUUUAUUGUAAUACUGUCGAUCACUGCUUUGAUGGAAACAUUGUAUGUAUGUUGUUCAUGUUUGCCAAACCUGGUUUAUAGCAACACUACAAACCGUGCCUUUAAACUCCUCCAACCGACGGAGCUUCAAGCCUGACGCUGAAGGAGAAACUGAUAGAAAUCUUUUGUUUUGUCGUGUCUGUUAUUGUCAUAUUCCUGCCUCAGUCUUGUCC